UACAAGAGUCCAAAAUAGUUGACGGUCCCUUUAAGAGCGACGCCAUUGUUGUGGUUUUACUUCCGGUCUCUCUCCUGUCCUCCAACAUAGUCCAAGCCAAGGAAACACAAAGAGCCGCUUUAGUUGACAAAAGAAGACCAAGUGAAAGCUCAAAGUCAGUCUGGUGGCUGUUGGACGGCUUCUUGCUGUCAUGGCUGAGCGAAAGAGGAAGCAACCAUCACGCAAUGAAAAGGAAAAAGCAAAAACCAAAGGCGGAAGUGAGAGCGAAUGCGCCGCCAAAUGUAAACAACACGUGACCACGGAGAGUCGCUAUUUCACCUGCGAUCAAAGUCACCUGCAGCCUCACCUGGGGGAACUCUUCUUUAGUCACCUGCAGCCUCACCUGGGGGAACUCUUCUUUAGUCACCUGCAGCCUCACCUGGGGGAACUCUUCUUUAGUCACCUGCAGCCUCACCUGGGAGAACUCUUCUUCAGGCAGCCUUGCGUCACUUUGGCCAAAGCUUUUCUCGGCAAGGUGCUGGUCCGCAGGCUUGAUGACGGCACAGAGCUGAGAGGACGGGUGGUAGAGACGGAGGCAUACCUGGGAGGCGAGGACAAGGCAUCGCACUCGGCGGGGGGCAAACGCACCAGGAGAAACACGGCCAUGUUCAUGAAGCCCGGCACUAUCUACGUUUAUCCCAUCUACGGCGUCUACCUGUGCAUGAACGUGUCGAGCGAAGGCGAUGGGGCCGCCGUGCUGCUGCGCUCCCUGGAGCCCCUGCAGGGCCACGCAGUCAUGAGGCAGCUGAGGGCGUCCAAACGCAAAGACGGGGCGCGGCCGCUCAAGGACAAAGAGCUGUGCAACGGGCCCUCCAAGCUGUGCCAGGCUCUUGACGUCCAACGCCGCUUGGACCGUCAGGACAUGGCGUGCCACUCGGAAGUGUGGCUGGAAGACACGGACUCCCCCCCAGGAGUUGAUGAGAUGGUGUCGGCGCCACGUGUCGGCAUCCAGUCACACGGCGAGUGGGCCAAGAAGCCGCUGAGGUUUUAUCUCCGUGGCAACGCUUGCGUUAGCGUGGUGAAUAAGGAGGCGGAGAGACUUUGCGAGACCUGAAGGAGUCAGUGUGGACGCUAACACACACUAGUCAUCAAUCAACAGUCAUUAAUAACCUCUUAUUAACUAACCCUAACUACAUUUAGUCAUGGAUUGGAUGUUAAAAGUAUGGAAUGUGUCAGAGUCGGAUGAUUGUCGAUUUUGUUCCAAGGAGUCUGUAUCCACCCUCACUCACCCCCUUCUGUUUCUGAAAAAAGGACUGUGUUAGUCAUACUAUCACUUUCAGAAACAUCUAAGAAAAAGGUCAGCUAAUAGUCAAGUAGCGGAGGGCAGGUCAUGUUUGAGGUCAAUGAUUGUCUCUUCAGCCUCUAUGGUCCACUGGGGGGUGGUGUUAGGGUAGGGGACCCCUUAGCAAUAUCACAAAUAACUCAAACUCAACUAAACCCUAACUUUUAUGUAACUUAUUCAAUAUGGUGAAAGUAACAAAAUAUGCUUAUAUUUAUAUUGUCACCAAUACUAGAAAAAUACUACCCUUAUGGCGGAUGCUUUAGCAAUAGUAUUUUGAAAUUUUACCACACCUGGUGCCCCCAAUAAUUAAUUAAGUCAAGCUCAUGUUGUAGAAAGUUGAAUGAUGCGGACACGUUUGUUACUGAAUACUUUCUAUCAGACUUCUGCCAUGGCAACUAUGUGUAUGUAAUGAGCAACUAUAAUUAUUUGAUAUGCUUAAAUGUGUAAUGUGUCGUUUUAGCUCAGCUGUUGUGUAGCUGCUAGCUCCUCGUAGCCUACAGGUGUCUAAAGUGCAGCCCAUAGUUAUGUGUUUAACACAACUAUGUGCUAAACCUAAACAAUUGAAAAUGUGGUAUUUGGGUGUCGGUGUAAUGUUUGGCAGCUACGCCGUGUCUUAUCAUUGGACCUAAGUUCUUUGGUUUUGUAGGCGAGACAGAGAGCAAGGGAACAAUGUGGGACAUCAAUUGUGUCCAUCUUAUACCAUGCUAGCUGUUGCAAAGAUAGGUCAACAUGAGCAGCCACACCUUGAGUUCCAACAUACAUAAAUAAUCAUAACAUAUGGCGAGUCGGGUGGCAGAACACACGGAAGCAUCUCAGUCAGCCAGGGUUUUCACCGCUAGAGCAGUUGGAUGUCAGCCAUUCCUGUUGUUUCAGGCUGUGGUAUGAGCUCAUGGAGGAGUCUUGGUAGUGGUGUCGCAGCUGGGUGGUUGAGCCGACAGGUAACACCAGGAAUGUUCCUUCUUUGCGAUUUGAAUGUCAGGGUACAGUCUGUAAAGGAGGUCCAGCAAUCUGAACCGGAAGUGGUUUGGUGACAGGUAACCUUCUUGUGACCCCAGCGAAGCCUUCGACCUUUAAAGAGGAAGCACACAGUUUCUUUGGUACCUCUGCAUUCAGAAUCGAAUGGGUGGCGCCAGUGUCAAUCACGAACUGAUAACAUUGUCCGUUGACACUCAUGUCCAGCAGGGGGCCAGUCUGUAUCUCCUGCUGGGGCUCCUGCUGUGGGCGUCCUUUGCCACGCUUUUGUGUUCGUUUGUUGGCACUACGGAACAUUUCCUGUUCGGAAAUGUUCGGACAGUCACGACUCCAGUGACCAGGCUGGUCACAGCCGAAACAGUUUCCACCCCGGAUUGGCUUUGAAGCACCGUGUUGUCCACCACCCGAGUCCAACCGUCUGGUCGCACGUCUGUUGAGGAUUCUUUCCUCCACCUGUUGGAAUUCAGAAGUAAGGUCACCCAGUGCUGAAUAUACCCUAGCUGAUUUUUGACCUUUUGGUUCUUUUAACCUUUUAUCUUCAGCGAUCUGUAAUUUAAGUAGUCGUUUCCUUGUUGCUCUGUCAUUAGCCCUAUUUUGCAUGGGAUGAAUAAAAUGUCCUGCCAUAUGUUGUUUUUGGCACCGUGUAUAUCAGGGUUAACUUUGUCCAAAGUGUUUGGCCAAAGGUUCCCUCCCGGAGGUACAGGUGGGAAAGCAAGGUCAACAAUGGCUUGCAUGUAUGCAUCGGCAAGAUACUUAUAUUGUAGUAUGUCCAAAGUGUUAAUGUCAUGUGUCAAAAAUGUCUGCCGGAGAAAAUGGUCAGACGUGUACAAGGGGUUAAUUUUCGGAGGCAGGAUUAAUCUUAGAGGGGGCGUGUUAAUACCUCCUUCUCUUGUCACUGGAGUAGGGGGCGGUGGCCUAGUCAAAGUCUGGGCGGGUCGUUUGACACACACACACACAAUCAGCAGCACACACACACACACACGAGCACGCGUAAGCACUCACGCACACGCACACACACACACACACACACACACACACACACACACACACACACGAGCACUCUCUCUGCGUUUCACCUACCAUAAAACUUCCAGUUACUUUUUUAUUUUAUUUUAUUUUUUAUUUCCUUAUUUUACCAGACGUUUGAGUUCACGACUUUUCGAGUAUUGUAAACUCCCUCUUAACCCUUUCAAGGAACGUUCUCUUUUCUUUUUUUUCUUUUUAAACUCUACCUGCUAAUUCCAUUGUCGACAACAGUGCAUUCAAUUGAUUAUUAAACAGUAAUGAUUCAUCACAUUUUCCCCAGCCGUCAUCACAUUCUUGUCUGUCACACUCCUUGUCCAUUGUGUCUAUUUUUCCUUAAUUUUAGCGCACACUAAAGUGUCGCCGGGACCUCACAACCAGGGAAUCUUUAUUGUAUUUAUUACAAAUGGCCUCCAGCCGUGGAAUUUAUCAUAUGGUACAGAAGGGCCUCCUCCCGUACGAUUCUUAAUUUUAACGCACACUUUAAUGCCGUAGGGAACUCGCAACCAGGGAGUAUUUAUUGUAUUUUACAAAUGGCCUCCAACCCAUCCUUAGUUUGUGUGCACAUAAAAAUGUCAUCAGGGAACUCACAACCAGGGAGUAUUUACUGUACCAUAUGAUGGGCAUCCAUCCCGUUACUCUUUUUAGGGAAGACCAAACACCCAGGGCGAGCCACACCCGACUAUU